UGACAUAGGCGUAAGAUUACGUUUCUGUCUUUGCCACGACAACUUCCGGUGUCUGGUGUUCAUGUGGUAGCAUAGUGGUUGUAAACAUAAACACUUAUUUUGAGUUUUAUAGGGAAGAAUUACAGGCAAGUAUAAUUUAGUAACGAUUACAAAUCUGAGAUAAAUACAUAUUGCGUGAAGGAGGAUCGGAAUUCAAGUGAAAGUGCUUGGCAAUUUAGCCAAUCUCCCAGAUUAGACAGUUGGCUAGCAGCAUAGACUAACGUUAACGUUAUCAUAAAUGUCUAGUUGGGUAGCUAACGUUAGCGUUAACUACCGUUACUCAAUAAACUGCGAUCACCUCUGGACAAGCUCAUGCUUUCAUCGAUUGGCUACGUUGUCUAACUCGCUCUAGACAUAUAGUUGGUUAGUAUUUUUUAGCCACCCGUUUAGCAAAUAUAAUCCCUAGGGUAGUGUAUCGUAACGUUAGUAGGCUAGCUAGCUAACGUUCAGUAGUUAAGUUUGCCCAUGCGGUAAUUUAGUUGUCGCUUAGUAGGGGUUAGUUGAGGAAAGUAAAGGUUGGCUACCGUACUGCACGUUUAAGCAGGCAACUGUUUAGCUCUGUUUUUGGUUACAGGUGUGUGGAAAAAGUAACCUUAGCAUAGCCAAUGGGUUUGGUCUGCACUUCAUGAUUUUUAAAAUUGUAAUUGAAAUGUGAAAAUGUGGUGUAAUAACGUCCAUAUUGAUAUAAAUAUGGAGGCAAUCUAGAUGGCAACAUUAUAUUAACAUUAGCUUAAUUUGGCCCCUCUAUAGCCGGUUAAGUUGUCUGUCGAGAUUUCUUUCCACGGGAGUGUUUUUCUUUCCACUGGGGCUUUCAGACCUGUUCAGAACUGUUUUUCUGGUGUAUUUGUGACAGUGUAUCUGUAAACUGCUUGACAAAUAAAAUUGAAUUAGUUAAAACAGCCAGUUUAAUCAGUUUCAGCACCUAAAUGUUUAGAACAGAGGCAGAUAACUUGGUUAUGUUAUAAACCAGGCACCAAGAAGAUGUCAAGUAAUUAACAUGACCGGUCAUCCAAAAAUGUAAUUAAGGGCUCCGUUUCUAAGAGCAACCGUUGUAAAAAAAGAAAAAGCGAGCUCCUCCUCUCACGCCCGCCUGCCGAGUCUUCCGCCGUGCCGUCGCCCGUCUCAUGGAGCCGGAGCUUUUGACAGAAGUGCCGGCGUCGCUGAAGCGCUUGGCCAAGCAGGUGGUGCGCGGCUUCUACGGGGUGGAGCACGCGCUCGCCCUGGACAUCCUCAUCCGCAACCCGUGCGUGCGCGAGGAGGACAUGCUGGAGCUGCUCAAGUUCGACCGCAAGCAGCUGCGCUCCGUGCUCAACACCCUGAAGGCCGACAAGUUCGUCAAGUGCCGCAUGCGCGUGGAGACGGCGGCGGACGGCAAGACCACGCGUCACAACUACUACUUCAUCAACUACCGGCUGCUGGUGAAUGUGGUCAAGUACAAGCUGGACCACAUGCGCCGGCGCAUCGAGACGGACGAACGCGACUCCACCAACCGCGCCUCCUUCCGCUGCCCCUGCUGCUUCAACACCUUCACCGACCUGGAAGCCAACCAGCUCUUUGACCCUUUGACCGGGACGUUUCGCUGCACGUUCUGUCAGACAGAGGUAGAGGAGGAUGAGUCGGCCCUGCCGAAGAAGGACGCACGGACGCUGGUGGCGCGCUUCAACGAGCAGAUCGAGCCCAUCUACGUGCUGCUGCGUGAGACCGAGGACAUCAACCUGUCCCCCGACCUGCUGGAGCCCGAACCCGCCGAGAUCCCCGCCCUCAAGCAGAGCCGGGAGCGGGCGGCGCAGGCAGCGGGCGGUGCGGCCGGGGCGGGCCCCGGGGCCCCCCACCAGGAGACGUGGUCGACGAGGGGCUCGUCGUACGCAGACCUGUACACGCAGAACGUGGUGAUUAGCAUGGACGAGCCCGACCAGCAGAGGAGGCAGGCGGCCGAGGGGAAAGCCCCUCGAGAGAGGCCCGUGUGGCUGACCGAGAGCACCGUGCAGGGGGCUUACAGCGAGACCGACGCCCUCAACAACGCCGGAGAGGACGCAGGCGGGAAUCGCCAGGGCGAGGGCGGGCGGGACUCGCAGCCCAACGAGAACGAGGAGGUGAUGCGGGCCCUGCUCAUCCACGAGAAGAGGGGCGCGGGCGGGGCCGCGGGCGGGGCCUCGGGCGGGGCCGGGGCGGGACCGCACCUCUCGGCAGCCAAUGCCAGCGACUCGGAGAGCGACACCAGCGAAUCGGACGAGGACACCCCGCCCAGGCCGCCCGCCCGCAGCGGAGGGCACAGGGAGGAUGAGGAGGAGGAGGAGGAGGAUGAGUUCGAGGAGGUGGGCGAGGAGGAGCCCAUGGUGCUGGUGGGGGGGAGGUCGUUCUCCUACCACGCGGUCAGCCAGCGGCCAGAGCUGGUGGAGCAGAUGAGCCCCCAGGAGAAGGAGGCCUACAUCGAGAUGGGCCGCAACCUUUUCCAAAACAUGUUCUUCUGAGUUCCCUCCUCUCUCUGCUGCUCUCGUUUUCUCUCUUUCUGCGACUGAUGAACAAGCUCAUGGUUCUUUCCUUCCCUCAGUGAUGCCUGGGAGGCAGCUGCUGCCCCCAAGAGCAGGUUGGCCAGCAGGUUCAGCUCAGCCAACCACAGAUUAUGUGUGCAUACUUCUUCGCAGGCAGUGUAAUGUAUUUUUGUAUCAAAUCUAUCAAUAGUCAUUGAGCUAGCUAUUUUGAUAAUCUGCCGUUGUUAGUUCUCUCGUUCUAGAAGGUGCUGCCUUUCAGGUGAAACUGAGGGAAGGAAAAUACCUUGGGCGAUGAAUAUUAGUCGCUUUGUUUUUGCGGAAGCAGCAUAGUUGACAUUCCCUUUGAGUGGUCCAUUGUGUGAGGUAUUUCCAGAUGUUCUGCUAUCGAACCACUCGAUCGCUGAUGGACACAAACGGCAGUAAUAGCAGUUGGGUAGUAAUCUCCAAAACUCCUGACCUUCCCUUUGUGGAUGUCUCUUGUAUUGUAUGUAAGAGAGACAGAGCCCCUAUGUUGACAUACAUGGUUGAGGACUUUUACUGUUGUAGAAAAGUUUCACACCUUUCAGUUGAACAACAACGCAAUGUGUUCACCUAUCUGAGGUUACCUUUGUUUACUUAAUGUUCAUAUGUUUGUGCACUUUGCAUUAACUGAAGUGUGCUGGUGUAUAGUGAUUUUCUCCUCACCCUGUAUAGUAUUCAAAGGGGGAAAAACCAAAGCCGUGGAAGAUCCAGGUGAUGUUUGGAUUCCUCAUUGUCAGAAGUGCUAGCAAUUUGCUAGAAACGGACGGAAACGCAACAUUUUCUGAUUUAAUCCGGCACAGUGUCUUAUGGAUUUUGCUUCUUAUUGUCAGUGUUUAGCGGCUUAUUCCCAUUGCAACGUUUCAGGGUUACAACUGAUAAGGGGGUGGGCUGCUUUGUGUGUUCUACAAGUGUAAACAUAUUGGGAUUUAACAAAGCCAAAGCCAGGCUCAGCUUAUAUCAUGCUCAUUUGUUGGAAAAUGGCAUUUAGCGUAACUUCUCCACAAAGGCUUUUUUGCCCCGUUCAUGUGCUGCUUCGGUGUUGAGAAAAUAAAGCCCAGUUUCUCAGACAGAAUGUUUUUUGCAGGCAGUUUGUGUUUUUUCUUUUGUGGUCCGGUCAUCCUGAACUCGGCAUUCUUGCUCCCAUUCACCCGCCCCAUUUCCAUCAAUGUAUCCGUUCUUUAUUUGUUCUUUCCUUUCCGAGAUUAGUGCGGUAUCCCUCAUCAUACCCCUACUCAGGGUCUUGUCGACCCUCUGAAACGCAGUCGGAGUGAACUUCCUGUUGCUGGAUAAACAGAAUGGAAAGCGUUGGCAGAGGUUUUUGAAGUGUCGGAGGGGUUGGGAUGCAGGGGCGGGGGGCUUGCGGGGGAGCUAACAGGCAGGAAGCACAUGUUUCUGCAGGUGCUUUCCCAGCAGGUCAGAGACAAACUGUACAGUACAAUUUGUUCUUAAUUUCUGGAAUCUUCUCUCCUUCCUACAGUACCACUGCAGUGUUUAACAUAAGAAGAAGAAAGGACUAUCUGAGAGGGCUUACUAAUGGUUAAAGGAAAUCGAUGCUUAUUGAAUUUAUGACAUUUGCUGCAAAGUUCUUGAAGCUGUUGUUAAAAUGGGUUGUUUUGGAUGUAUUUUUUGGUUAAUUAUUUGUAUUUUCUGAACUCCUGCCCUUUGCUUUGCUAGUCUACUUUUCUUUUUUUUCAUUUGAUGAAAUUCUUUGUGAAAGAGCUUAACCCUGUUACAGUCAUGUAUCUUUGUUUCUCAUUUUGGCCUUGCUAAUCAGCGGCACUAAUGGCAAUAAACAGUGGUUUUUGUUAAAGCA